CAAUACCCUUCAAUCAUUCCAGCACAUACUUCAGUUUUUUCUGACACGUUGACAUUUUUAAUAAAAAAUAAGAAAAUGGAAGGUGAAAAACAAUCAAAUGAAAAUGUGUCUAUUGACGGUUCCUCCCAAAAUUCUUUGCGGAAGAAAUUAUCGGUGGGAAAUUCAGCUGACGAAGACAAAGAACCUUUAGCUGAUAUACUGAAAAAAGUUGCCAAUUCCGAUUACAUUUCGGACGAUGUAUUAAAACGCUAUAUUGGUUCCAAAGAAAAUUUGAGUUCGCAAGAACUUAGAAUACUCUUAAGAGAUUCGCGAGAUUCAAUUCGAAGGCAGUGCAAAGAUCAAUUUGACUACAGUAACUCGCCCAGUUUCAAUCAGUUGAAGUCGCCCUAUCCCCUAAUUUGCCGUGAACGUUAUCGCCUCACGAAAAAGCUUUACGAACAUCAGUUGCAGAGCGAGAUCCAACAAAUUAUAAAUCAGCAAGAAAAAGCCUUCGAUGCCAUUUGCUUUGUGAGAGUUAUGGCCAUAACCUCAUUAUGGCCACCACUUCACACUCGUCGCAAUGUCGAACACACACAUCAGCACUAUUUCGAAUUGACACCCAAACAAAGGAAGCGUCUAAGUUUUAUUAUGGGAGUGGACUGGAGUAAAACAUGAUUUUUCAUAAACCCAAAUCACUAGCGACGAUACGUGGGACUCAACGAACGAAACAAGGCAUGAGCAGACAUGUCAUCAUCAAGUGAUGGACACAUUCAUUAUAAAUCCACAUGUUGAAAUUCAUUCAUUCAUUCAUUCCUGUUUUGUACCUUUUUUAACAUCAAUUAUGAAAUAAAACACCUCCAACCAGA